AUGACCUCGACGACCGUCCUGCACGCUGCCUGUACGGUCGAUGGCGAGUCCGUGAGCCUCUCGCUGCAAGAAGAUGGGCUUGUCCUUGAGCGUGGCGACGCGCUGCCGACGACGAUCGCAUGGGCCGACGUCCUUGGCGCGACAGCGACCGCGACCAUGCUCACGAUCCACACGUGCCCGCGCCGGGGCAAUGGCAAGCGCGCGCUUCGUAAGCUUGUGGCCGAGAGCGACGACAUGACCUUAUUGGCUCACGUGGCCGUCGCGACGACCUUUCUGGCGCGCUUCGGCUGGGCACCAGAGCGCAGCCUCGACGACCUUUUGCACGCGACGCCAGCACCCCGGAAAUGCCUUGUGCUGAUCAACCCCGUCGGUGGCUCGGGCAAGUCGGAAGCCAUGUUUGAGAGCGUGCGCGGCUUCUUUGAUGCAACGCACAUUGACGUGACGACGCAGUGCACCGAGUAUGCGGGCCACGCGACCGAGAUUGGGCGCACGCUAAACUUGACGGCGUACGACUUUAUGGUGUGCGUCGGCGGUGACGGGCUCGCUUCCGAAGUCGUGCAGGGCCUCAUGCGGCGCCAAGACUGGCACGACGCGAUUCGCUUUCCAUUUGGGCUCAUUCCGGGCGGCUCGGGCAAUGGUCUCACACAGUCGCUCACAAAGCUGCUCGGCGAGGCCUUUGAGCCAGAAAACUGCGCGUACUUGAUCGUCAAGGGCGCGCCGCAGCCCAUCGACAUGAUGACGGCGCGCAAUGCCGAGCAAGAGACAUUCUACAGCUUCCUCUCGCUCGCAUGGGCGUUCGUCGCGGACGUCGACUUGGAGUCGGAGACGUACCGCUUUCUCGGCGGCGCGCGCUUCACGAUGGCGUCCGUGGCCAAGGUCCUCUCCUGGAAGCGCUGGCACGGCGCGCUCUCGUACUUACCACUCGAGGCCGACGAGAGCAGCGACAGUGCAUACUGGGAGAGCAACCCGACGCCACGUGGGUCGGCACCCGAGCUCCACCUGUUGCAUGACAUCUCGGCGCCCGUGCCAACGCAUUGGAAGACGAUCGAAGGACCGUAUUCGUUCUUUUGGGCGACAAGCGCGGCGCUUCCGUCGUCCGACUGUCACCUCGCGCCUGGUGCGCACAUCAACGACGGCUUGAUUCACAUUGUCGCGGCGCCCAAGAACCUCUCGAUGGUGGCCCAGACCAAACUGCUCUUGGGUCUUGAUACGGGCGCGCACAUCGAGUACCCGUUUGUUCAAGUGAUCAAGACGCGGGCCUACCAACUGCGGCGCACCGACACCAACUACAUUUCGAUUGACGGCGAGCGCCUCGGUGGCGAGACCAUCCAGGUGCAAAUGCACAAGGGCCUCGGGCGCGUCAUGUGCUUGCCACUCCCAGCGCAGUCGUAA